AUGAUGCGAUUGCGGUUAAACUUUGAUAUUGAAUCCUCAACGAACGACCACUUGAAGUUCCUUUCCAUUUUCAAAAUUCAGAUAGCCGAUUAAGGUCACAGCGUCGAAGAUCUGCAGAAUUACAAGUUAUUUUGGUGAAAAUGACGUCGAUUCAGGGAAGUGAUAGUGGUUGGGUGGGGAAAAAGCCUCUGAGACGACUCGGUGGAAUGUCAGAUGCUCUGUCAAUUGCCGCAGACCUAGGGUUUUCGGUUGCUCCUCCUCCUUCUCAGGAAGAUUUGCACAACUUAUCAGCUGGUGGUGAAAAGGGUGAUGAUUUGAUACGAGUCUUGAGGGAACUUACCUCUGUACAAAGAAAAAUUGCAGAUUUGCAGGUUGAACUUCAAGGUCGCAAGGAAGAUAAGAAUGUUGCUCACUUGACACAUGUGAGUGAAAUGGAAAAGAAGAUAGAAACUUUAGCGAGGAUCACUACUAUAUUGAAAGACGUUAUCCAGAAUAAGGACCGAAUUAUAGCCCGUCUUCAACAGCCAUAUUCAUUAGAUUGUAUACCGGUGGAAGCAGAAUAUCAGAAACAAUUCUCGGAACUAUUGAUGAAGGCUGCCAGUGAUUAUGGUCUUCUAACAUCAUCGGUUGCAGAUUUCCAGUGGACUCAAAACUUUAAAGAGCCACCUUCAGUAUGGGGGGAGAUGCUUAGGCCAAUCCCUGUGGCAUUGGCAUCAUGCACGAGGUUUUUUGAAGCAAUGACUGCCAUGAGAGAAUCUUUUGCAACGCUUCAAAAACUGCGGUUGGGACCCUCCGACUCUCAACUGAAAAUGACAGGCGGUGGCUCUGAUUGUGUGACUCCUCCUCCUUGGGGAAAAGAAUCAAGUUUUGAUGAUUUGGCUCUUACGACGUCGACGGAGGACGGAAACAGUAGUGAUAAUUUAGAUGGCACGAGUAACCGAAGAUUAUCAUGGCCUUUGGGGAAGGCAAAUGGUUUAUAACUGUUUCCGGGUUUUAUGUUGUGAUAAGUUGAUGUGGUUUUAUUGUGUGUGUAUUUUCCACUAUGUUUGAUAAGGCGUUUGAGAUGUGUGAAUGAAGCAAAUGAUGGGUCUUGAAUUAUAUGUCAAUGAAAAGUUCCUUUGAGGCUAUUAUGCAA